CGCGGGGCCGGGGCAGGCGGGGCCCGGCUGAAGCGGAUUUCUCCGACCGCUCCGCCCCCUCUGCCCCGGGAAUGUCCCGGCCGGGUCCCCGCGGGGAUAAAAGCGGCUGCGGGGCGCUGCGGAGGCUCAGAGCUGAGCCGAGCCCAGAUCCCCAGCACCAGCCUCCGCCGCCAGCCCGGACCAUGAGCCGCCCCGGGAGCUUCGCCCCCGGCAGCCCCCUGCUGCUGCUGCUGCUGCUGGCCUGCGCCGCGCUGUGCCAGGAUGCCCCCAUGGCCGGCAAGCUGCGGUGCCAGUGCGUGCAGACCCAUGCCUCGGUGAUCCACCCCAGGCAUAUCGCCAACGUGGAGCUGAUCCCGGAGCGGCCCCACUGCGGGGUGCCAGAAGUCAUAGCCACCUUGAAGGACGGCAGGGAAGUCUGUCUGGAUCCCACCGCACGCUGGGUCCAGAUGAUCACCACCAAGAUCCUGAACAGUAAGAUACCUGUGGACCAACCUGCCUUGACAGACACCGUCAUUCCGAUGGACCGAAAAUAAGGAUUUAACUUACCCAUUGCAAGCGGAGAAUUUAGAGGGAUAACACCUGUGUAUUAGCAAACAUGUUAACCUGAGCUAUGGGCGGAGCCAUUAUGUCAUCUUUUAGACUAUUGGCUUAUUGUGCUAAUC